CAUACAACCACUGAACGUGGUAACGGCAACACGUUCAAUCGGAUAAAUCGGUCUGGGCAAUAUUCGCCGGGUUUCCAUCGUAUAUUUCACUUCUUAUUUUCAUUUGGUCUGUUCGAUCCAAACACACUCAAUUCCCAAGCGAUACAAAACGUACGAACAAAAUAAUAAAAAGGCGGUAGAGCAAGUGUUUGGUGUGUCGAAUAUAUUCUCUGAGAGAAUACCCCGAAACAAUACCAAGUUCCGACGAUAUUCGAAUGCAAGAGGUAAAUGGGUAGGAGGCGAGGAUAUCUGAAUGUAUGUAAACUAGAUGAGUGAUUGAAAUAAACAACUGUGUAAACAUCGAAGCAGGCAAUGUUGCUGCUUUUGUUGCGACUGCUGCCGCUGCCACUGCUGCUGGUCGAACUGUCUGAUAGCGUCGAGUGAGGGUAGGUCGGUUUUACGAAACGACAACAAAUGCAGGCUCUCUGUGCCAAUCGGGUGCGUAUAACUGUUGUAUGUUGUCUGUUGUUGGUGGGUGUGUUUGUGCGUUUUCGGUGAAUAAACAAGAUUUUGCACAGAGCCACAACAUUGCGAACCGGAGGAAAUUCCAAUAGACGCAUUCAGUCGCGUUGCAAACGUCGACACAGCCGGUUAUGUGUUGCGGAAAAUAAAACGGCAAAGGAAAUAUAAAACUGGAAAAACUACUUUUAUUCUUUGAAGAAAAUGGAUUUGUAAUGUUUGUGGAGAAAAAUUAAAAAAAAAAAUAUUGAAAAAAAAACUAUUUGAAACAAUUGUCAAAAAAUUGUGAACCAUAGAAAAAAUUGAAUUGUAAAAUACUGAAAAUAAAAGGUUUCUGAAACAAUUGUGGCGUUACCAAAAGAAUACAUGUGCACCCAAAAAUUUGAAAGAAGUUUAGCAUCGCUCAAGGUUGUGUAUUCGUUCGACACGUGCUAAGCAAAUAACGGUUCAUCAUUUUGCAAGUCAAUUUGUGCAUGCCGCUUUCAUUGUGUGUUCGGCAGACACUGCAUACACAUGUGUGUGUGUUGGUGUACGUAUCCUAUUGUGUAUCUUCAGCCUGACUCUUCCGGUGUAACUUCUAUACCAUUCAAACGCGUCCCCUUUAAACAGUGUAUAAACAUGACUACAUCGUAAACGCGUGUGCUUUGUAAAUCCGCGUCUACUUCAUUUCUUCUUGUGUUUUGUUUACAUUUUUUGUUGCCUUGUUUUGUUUAUGUUGACACAGUCUGUGAGUGAAAACAACAACAAUUACCGCCACAACAAUAUUCUUGAGCAGUGAUACAACGACUCGGAAAGUUUUCUUUAAUUACUUGGCAAUUAAUAGGCUUAUAUACGAUUUCAAAACAAAUACAUAUAAUUACAAAAGAAACAAACUUCAAAGAUAUUUAUUGGCGCGUCAAUAACAAAAGAAAUCGAAACUUGCAAUUUAAGAUAACAGAAAUAAUAAAUUCGUUUUGGAUACGUUGUGAUUGAAUCGAUUCAGUUAUUAGCCAUGAUGGCUCUCGACGGCAAAACAAUCAUAAAAGAGGAAAUAACAGACAAGGACGCCUAUGAGGCAGCAGCAUCCGCAGCAAAUUCCACACGCAGAAAUAAAGCCACAUCAAACUCUUCCAGCAGCAGUAAAGAUUCCACCAGCACCAACAACUCCAACGGUAGCAAUUCCAAUUCAGCCACAAAUCCCACCGGUUCAUCUUCGAAUUCUCGAUCUUGCCGUACACCCGAUUCUCCAGAAUCGGCCAGAGCGAUAGCGCCCCGCUCACCAAUGUCUCCGCAGCUGCAUCAACAUCACUCCAGUUUAGCUCCACCGCCAAGACCGAAUCGUAAUGCGAGUGCAUCGCCGGUUAUAAAUGGAGCAACAACAACACCGCCGCCACCACCAACGCAAGCAACAAACGCACAACAAACAGCCAGCCAGGCCGCUGUGGCAGCAGCUGCUGCGGCCGCGGCCCAUGUGGAACAGGCUCGUCUGCUGGGUAAGAUACGUAAAUUUCUUGGCUCCCUGGUCCAACUGGCUCAGGAUGUCCAUCCUGAGGUGAGUGAUCGGGUGAGGGCUUUGGUCAUAUCGCUGGCCAGUGGUGGUAUUAAUAUCGAUGAGUUUCGCAUGGCCCUGCAGGAGGCCAUUAAUUUGCCGUUAAGGCCCUAUGUCAUUCCACUUUUGAAGAAUCACGUUUCCCUGUUGCAACGGGAAAUUGCCGCCCUGGCAAGGGCCACCAAUCAGACCACUCUCCAGUAUGUAACCAGCAAUGAAAGCACAGUCAUGGAAUUCUCUCCCCAUGGUCCGCCGGCUGAGUACAGCGAUAUUUUUGUGCAAAUUGAGGGCCAGCCCAAUGGCAGUGGCGGCGCCACAAGUUUGGUAUUCAAGCGAAGACCUUCCGAUACUCUAAUGGAACCACAUGGCCACAAUGGCGCCCAAGAGUGGAGUGAUUACAUGGCCGCCUAUCCACCACCCAAACGUAUACAUACCCACAAUCCUCAUGCACCGGCGCCUGAAUCUCGCAUCCCAUUCGCCUCGGCUCAACCCACCAUCUUUGAUUAUUCCGCCACCGGGGUGGCAGCUGCCCAGUCAGAUGGACCCUUCAACAAUUUAAUGGAAAAGGCAAAUCAUCGAGAUGAACGGGAACUACGUUCUUCGGUGCCGCAAGAGCCAGCUGCCCAUCGGCCGCUGGCACGCAAUGUUAUGCCAGCCGCCAGUAGUGGUCCGGGCGGAGGAGCUCCGGGUGGUAGUGGACCCAUGCAGGGUGAGGAGGAAUGGAAAAAUAUUCACACCAUGUUGAAUUGUAUCUCUGCCAUGGUGGACAAGACAAAGCGAGCCAUAACCAUACUACAGCAGAGAGGGGUGGAACCACAGCAGCCGAGUUAUGGAGAAGUUACGCCAGCAACGUUGAUGGAAAUUAGGCGACAAACUGAGGAGAAGGUAGCCGAAUUCAAGAGGAAUGCUGAAGAUGCUGUCAAUCAAGUCAAACGCCAAGCCGUAAUUGAAAUUCAAAGAGCCGUGGUAGCUGCCGAAACCCGGGCAGCCGAGGUAAUGGCCCAGGAACGUUUGCGCAUGGAAAAAUUCUUCGUUGAAAUGAGUCGACAUUCCGGCAGUGAACGUGAAUUGGACAACAAAUCACCCUCCAUUGGUUCUAGUCAAAAUGCUUGUUGGAAUUGCGGUCGCAAGGCAACAGAAACAUGCUCCGGCUGUAAUUUAGCCAGAUAUUGUGGUGCAUUUUGCCAGCAUAAGGAUUGGGAACAUCAUCAUCAGAUUUGCGGCACCACCCGAACAACAGAUCUUUCCACCAAACAUCCAUCUCAAGUUAUACCCCUGUCGGCGACAAUACGCGGUGCCGUCACCCGCUCGCCACCCACACCCGUACAGUCAACCGGCCAUGGACCAGCGCAGACGAGUCAAGCCACCAGCAGUGCAGCAUCGGCACCGCAGCCGAGUUCAUUGGUAGCCAAUGGCAUUGGUUCCAAAUGACGUAUUCGCAUGAUGAAACCCAAAAAGAAGUACAUGUGCUAGUCAAAUUACUACAACUACUAUUACUAGAAUUACAAUUAACAAAAAGAAAAUAAGAAGAAGAAGAAAGAAAAAGCCCCGCCCCCAACAUUGACAACCAUGUCGAUUCUCUGCAAAAAAAGAAAAACGGAUUAACUUACUUAAAACAUUAAAAAAAUUAAUACAAUUAAAAAUAAUUCCGACAUAAACACAACACACCCACACAAGCCCAAUUAAUGAUCUUAGAACAUUAAAGAAAUUAAGAAUUUUUAAAUCAAAUUAAUAUUUAAAAGAGAAAAUUAUUUGAAGAAGUUAAAACAAGAGAAAGAAAUACAUAAGUAAAUUAUAAUGCUCCCAAAAAUAGUCUUAACCAGCCCUCCCCCAGAAUACAACAAUAAAACUAAGCGAAGAGAGAGUGGGAUGUAUCCAGGAAUGAAACUUUAUGACUUCGCCCUUGGGCUCUUAAUGAGAGAAAACACACACAAUUACAAUUCUGUGUGUGUAUUCUCACCAUCGAGCAUACUUUCAUGAUAUUCGAGAGACAGAGAAAUUAACUCUCUAAAAUCUCAAAUAAUAGCAUAUUCUCUUUUAUUAAAAAAAGAUAAAAAACUUAAAUCUCAUUGGAAUCUUGAAGGUAGAAGCCUUUGUCAUAAAAUUUCAUUUCAGAAUUGUUUAUACAACUCUCUCUCUCUCAUAACUCAAAAACUAUCUGUCAAUUUUGUGGUCCUAUCCCCCAAGGACUAGUUGUCAGACUUACAGCAAACCAAAAACAGAGAAUUUAAUUAAUCAAUUACAGAUAUAAACUUCAUAAUUGCAGUUACGAACAGAAAGAAAGAAAAACUAGAAUUAGAUGUGGUAAAAAAUAUCUCUCAUAUUUGUUUAAAAUUUCUGAGUUUUGAAAUAUUUUCUUAAAGAAUUUCGAAAAUUUAUCUCAAUUGGAGAAGAGAGAGAACUCUUUAGAUUGUAUGCAAAUAUGAUUUUGUAGAGGGAACAUUUCACUCUUCUUGCAAUCAGGCCAUGAGAGAGAGCGAGAGAGUGUACAUUGAUCCACAUUAGCACAAAAACGGACACGGACAAAUACAGUCUGCAUCAGUGCUCGCCAACAAACCGCCCAUAGGAAAUUCACCAUACCUUGUACAUAGAACUCACCAUCGAUCAGUAAAUUCACCACCAGAACUUUUCGCUUGUUUACCAACGCAAAUUUCAAUUGUAGGAGGUCAAUGAAGCAGGAUUUCACGAUUUUCAACUUCACAUAAAAUUAACACACACAAUGUUUACAGAGAGAGGGAGAGUUACUCUCUCGUUGUUCAUGUCUGUGAAACAUAUACAGGGUGAGAUAAAAUAAAUUGCAACAAAGUCGAAGGCCAUAAUUUUUAUAUUUUUUUAAAUUUUAUUGAAUGAAAGCAAAAAAUGUCGGAAAUAGCAUCAAGUUUUGGAAUAAGUUUAGAUUUGUUCGAAUUGGUCACCUUUGGCACGAAUUUUGGCCUUCAAACGGCCAAUUAAACCGUCACACACUGCCCAAAUGUUGCUCUGCGGUAUUUUGGCCCAUACCCGGCGAAGCGCUUGCUUGAUGUGAUCAACACUUUGGUAUUUUUUAGUGCCAACCUUGCUUUCCAAAAUACUCCAGACACAAUAGUCCAACGGAUUGGUAUCCGGAGAUUUUGCUGGCCAUUUUGCGCUGGACAUGAAGCGAGGAACCUCAUUUUGUAACAAUUCUUGAGUGGCACGUGCUGAGUGCGAUGGUACUGAGUUAUGUUGGAAUGUCCAGGGUCUGCGGCCAAAAUGUUUGCGUUGCCAAGGCUUUAAUAUAUCCUCCAGAAUAUUUUUUGGCGAUAAUAUUCGGCAUUCAUUCUGAUGCCAUGGUCGAUUAAUACGAGCGGAGAGCGGUUGUUAUGGUGGCCCACACCAUCACCAUGGGCGGCGCUUGAGUUCUGGUGGCCAACCGAACAAUUUGCACAUUUCAGCUCUUUGGCAAGUAUACACGAUCAUGUUGUUUGUUUACAAACUGCUGGACAACGAGUGUUUUCUCAUCGGAGAAAACCAAAUUCGGUAGUUUACCACUUUCGGCGAAGCGAAGCAACUUUUAGCUCUUUUAAGUCUAUUUUCUUUCUAUUGCGGUGUAAGUUCUUGCACUUUUAGGAAUUUCAAUGACUUUACCCCGAGCUCAUUUUUCAAUAUUUGUCGAAUGGAAUAUUGCGAUAUGUUCAGCGCAUGAGCCAUUUUUCGGCCACUGCGACGCGGGUUUCGAUCAAGUCGCUUCUUUACUUUUCGAACAAUUUCUGCUGAUGUUGCUGUUUUCUUUCGUCCACUUCCUUGACGUCGGGCUACGCUACCAGGAUCACGUCAACGAGCGAUGGUAGGAGGCACAAAAGAUUUAUUCACAUUUAAAUGCUAGAGUGCUCUAACCAUAGCUAUUUUUGGUUUUCUUGCCAAAUAUAAAGAAAUCAUACUAUCAUGCUUGAAUUCCGUCACGAAUAACAUUUUUCUGGAAACUUCUCACCAAAAUGCUUUUGUACGCUUGUAAACAAUAUAAUGAGCUCUCACUGGAAUAAUUUUAACAGCUGUCGGACGAGUUGCUUAGAAAUGACUGCAGUCUGAAGUUGGUUGUAGUUUUUUCAUCUCAACCUGUAAACUCAUCACAAGAACUUUUCGCUGAUUUACCAACGCAAAUUUCAAUUGCAGGAGGUCAAUGAAGCAGGACGUCCGGUCGCUUGAUUUCAUGUUUUUAAAUUUCGCAUAGAAUUAGCACAAGAGAAGAAGAGACUCUCUCGAUGUUCAUAUCUGUGAAACAUACACAAUCAAAGCUCUCGUAUUGGUAGACCAAUGCUAGCCAGCCACUAUGAAUAUGUGUAGGGUGUGGUGAAUUGCCCAUGGGCGGUGUGUUGGCGAGCGCGGGUCUACAUCUUCGCCUGGUAAAUAGGCUUACAAAUAACUCAGUGAAAUUAAACUCUCCACACGAAAUUGUUUUCACCAGAAUAACGAUUUUCCUGUCUACAGAUUUCUUUCUCUCUCUCACGUCCAAUACUUCUUGGAAAAUAUUUCAAUUCCAUACUCGGCAUUACCCAUCUCACAGGCUCUUAGAGCAAAAAGGAAUAAUUUGCAUUUUCUCUUUCUGCUAUAUUAAGUUUUUUUUUUUUUUUUUUUUCAAAAAAUUACAUAUAUUUUUGUUAUUUUAUUUAUAAUAAUAUUUAUUUAAUGUUCAUUAUUUAAGGCAUUUAAAUAAAAUGCCACCCAAUUAUUCUAAGAAUUCAAAAGUAAACAAAAUUUAAUGGAAAAUCGUGAAAAUAUUUUUCUAAAUUUACAUUUAGCAAACUUCUAUCAUAACUCUAGCUUGUAAUAUUUAUUAUUAUAUAAUUUUUAUUAUUUUGUAUUCAAAUAAAUAUUUAAUUAUUGUAUUGUAUAUGAAACCACAAGAAAAACACACACCAACGUACACACACACACUAUCAAUUAAAUAUUACGUAAUUAGUAUACUAUUGAAAAAUUAUGUUAAUUUUUUCUUAAUAUUUAAUAUUAAACAACAACAACAAAGUGGAAAAUUAAAAAAAAAAACAAAAACAAAAACCCCAUUGUAACGAUGACGAGAAAACUUAAUUACAACCCAAUAUGAAAAAUCUCUCCCAAUUGAAAAAUCGUAAAAAUAAAUCAAAUGUUCAAAACAAAAACAAAGUGGAA